UUCUACAAACCAAGUUCAAGGCUGACGUAUACCGAAAAGCGCUCAAUUUCUCCCACUUCGUUUAUUAGUGUGACCCUACUUUCACUUUUGUCACAUGAUGAUCAUGAACGCGGAAGAGAAUGAAACAGAACAGAUUUAAAUGGAUAUUUAUACAAUUAGUGACUGUUAUAGGACUUGUUUAUAGUCAAGUAUGUCAACCACUGACUUCAGAAUUAUCAACGGCCUAUAUUUUCCGUCACCAGCCUUCACUGUUUACAAAUGAAGUGGAGUCUUUUAAAACUAUCAUUCCUGCAUCAAACGUAACAGAUAAGUGCUGUGCGUAUCUAAAUGACUUUGCCGACAAUGCGUCCAAUUUUAUAAGGUGUUCAGUGGAACGAGCAAGGCCACUUAGAUUCUGUGAAAAAUGUGUUGAUUCUUUUGCAACUGUGACCAGUAUUUAUAAUGACAUAGAAAAGAAUGUUGGAGGCUGCCAUGUGUUCCUGUUGGAUGCUGACAGAGUACAGGCCAUUCUACAGAUUCAUACGAUGAUAAAGGCACUGUGGGAUGCUUCAGACUGCAACAAUUGUUUUACGAGUGGAUCUAUUGAUGUGGAACAGAAUGGCACUGUGACUUAUAAGUAUAACACAGACACGAUGGACUUCAUGGGAAAGUAUGAUAACUUCACGGAAUGUGUGGAUAGAUACACCAACGGUACCUAUCCAGAUUUCACAUCCAUUAAUUACACGGUAUGCCAUGCCUGCUUACAGAUGUAUCAAGGCCUCAAUGAUCAUUAUGCAGACAUGAGAAAGAGAUACAAUGGAAAAAUUUGUAUGGAUCUUGUUGAUAUGAUGAAUUACACUCGCCUGAUGUGGGGAGAUGCCAGGGACUUGAACUGUACAAACCACGACAGGGACGACAUGCCUGUACUGCUCACCAGCAUCAUUCUACUCACCAUACCAUUCCUGUUCUACGGAGCCACCUGUAUUUGUGGGGAAAGAAAGAAGCUCAAAAUCAUGACUCAGAAAAGAUUAAAGAAUCCAAUUUCAGUGGAGGUUUCUAAAACAGACAACUCACAUUCAAACCAUGUUAAUAGUAUAUCCUGAAAUCAAUGGUGGAAAGCCAGAAGAAUUCUCAAAGGAAGAAUGAAAUCUGACUUCUACAGUUACAGAGAAUUGUAUUGUAUUGUCAAAGAUGACAUUGGAAACACAACAAAAAUGUUUAGGAUAUGAUUACAAUUAUUAUAUAAGCUGUGUUAAAACUUUUAGUAGGUCUUCUCCACAAGAUCACAUUUACUUCAUUUAAACAAUAAAAUGCUUUCUUUGUUUGUUAUUACUGGAAUUAACGGAAGCAGCUGUUGCAGAAAAAAUACAUAACCCGCUUACGCGGGUUAUGUUAAUUUUUUCUGCAAUAGCUGCGACCGUUAAUUCUAGUAAUAACAAACAAAGAAAGACAUUUUAUUGUUUAUAUUUAUAUCUGUUUAAAUAAUCAUUUAAAGUAGAAUAAAAAAGAUUAAUUAUUGUAUUAAUGAUGCGAACGUCUUUAUACGUUUCAUUGAUGGAACAGCCACUGAUCAAGAAAUCUGUACAGGCGACAUGCCUUAUGUAGUUCAUGCAGUGAUUAACGCAAUGGGUUUUCUUAAGAAAUAAAGGAGAAAAUAUUCAGUGGAUGUAAAUAUAUUGUGUUAAAGACAAAUGUCCUCUUCCUUUUUUUGGAGGGUUUAAAAAAAUUAUUUUACUUGAGCCAUUACAGAGUUAUCAAACUUGAUUUGACAGCACUUUAAAAUCUGGUGUCCCUAUACAAAGUGGGAAAUAUAUUGAAUGUUUUUAUGUUGAAAUAAUUUCUUUGUUUGAAGUUGUUUAAAAACAGAGGAAAGCGCGUUUUACUGUUACACCAAGAAAUGUGCAGUGUACCCGGUAAAUUCUUUGACAAAUCAUAACUGAGUAUUGAAUGAAAAAUCAGAACUUUUUAAGAAUGUUUUUAUUCCUGAAAGGUUUAAUCAUGUGAAUAGCAAAUGUUCAUUGUCAAUAUAUACAAACAUGUUUAAUGCUACUGUGAUAGCAACAUGCAUACUUUAAUAUGCAUGCCACAGGAAUUGUCAGUUUGUUUAUUCCAAACAUCUCUUGUGUGGAAAGGACUUUUACCGGUAAAUUACUCUCUUCUCACUUUCUCUAGUCUAGUAUAUAUUAUAUGUGCUGAAUAAAAUGUAGUUAAAAAACA